AUGUUGUGGAUCACUUCAACAGGGAGAAGUGGGGUUGUAUUUGCUGUGAAGUUGUAUCCUGCUGGUGCUACAACUAAUUCUCAAGAUGGUGUUACGGAUCUAUUUGGGAAAUGUCUACCUGUCCUUGAGGAGAUGGCUGAGCAGAAUAUGCCAUUGUUGGUUCAUGGAGAGGUUACAGAUCCUAAUGUAGACGUAUUUGAUCGUGAGAAGGUCUUCAUUGACACUAUUUUACAACCUCUGAUCAAAAGGCUUCCACAGCUAAAGGUUGUGAUGGAGCACAUAACUACUAUGGAUGCUGUUAAGUUUGUUGAAUCUUGCAAAGAGGGUUCUGUAGCAGCCACUGUUACUCCUCAGCAUCUUCUUCUCAAUAGAAAUGCUAUCUUUCAAGGAGGACUGCAGCCACACAAUUACUGCCUUCCAGUACUCAAAAGAGAGAUACAUAGACAAGCUAUCGUUUCAGCUGUGACCAGUGGAAGUAAAAGAUUUUUCCUUGGAACUGAUAGUGCGCCUCACGAGAGGAGGAAAAAAGAAUGUCCUUGUGGAUGUGCUGGUAUUUACAAUGCCCCUGUUGCAUUGUCACUGUAUGCCAAGGUUUUUGAAGAGAUGGGUGCACUUGACAAGCUAGAGGCAUUUACAAGUUUCAAUGGACCAGACUUCUAUGGGCUUCCAAGAAACACAACAAAGAUUAAAUUGAGCAAAACUUCGUGGAAGGUACCUGAGGCUUUCUCAUUUUCAUUUGGAGAUGUCGUUCCAAUGUUUGCAGGCAAUACACUUGAAUGGCAGCCAUCCUUCAUUUGAUAUACUGCAAUAAUAUAUAAAGAUUUCUAUGGUCUUUUGUUUGUUCUGCAACACAGAAUAGUUGUAUUAUGAAAUCCUUGAAUUAUAUCGGAUGUUUCUACUCGAAGCAAUUGUAUUUUUUAUGCACUAUAUAUUUUAGUGUAUG